GACACCGAUAGGAAUCCGCGUCGAUCGGCACAUUUCAAUAGACAGUUUCCGCAGCUCGAAGCGAAAUGACUUGGCUGCGCCAUUUUCUAUUCCUUCUGGCUCUCACCUGGAGCGUAUCAUCGCAGAAGAUCUACGAAUGCGAGGACCCUUCCGACGAGGUUUGCAUUCUACGAGGUGUUCAGCUAAAUUCGAAAGAUGGCGGCCCAAUUGUGCUCCCGGAAGACCUGCAGUUUGUUCACCUGAUCGAUGGUAAUAUCCCAAAAAUUGAAGACGAGUUCUACAACGAGUUCGGUGACCCUCCCAUCAACUUCACCAUCACGAACUGCGCAGUGGAGAGGCUGUACGUGAAUCCUGCCGUGGUGCACAUGAAUGCCAGCUGGAACAAGCUCAAGGUCGUGACGGUAAACUCCAAGCAGUCCUAUGGUCAUCUACGGGUGCUCGCCCUAUCACACAAUCAGCUGCGUAAGCUCCCGAACAUCAAGGAUCUGAUACAGCUGGAAAAGCUGGACGUCUCGUACAACGCGAUCGACUACAUCGAUUUGCACAUCUUCCAACGAUUGACAAAUCUCAAGACACUGGACAUGGGCGGUAACAAGAUUACCUCGCUGGACGGCCAGGUUAGGCUGGAGAAACUUGUAGAACUUCGUUUGAACAACAAUGAACUGCAUGAUGUCGGUUUUGGCACGUGGAACCUGCCAAAUCUAGCGACCCUGGAUUUGAGCUUAAAUCUGCUGAUGUACCUAAACGGAGCUGAUAUACAGGAUUUCUUCCCGAAGUUGCUCUACCUGGGACUGCCGGGUAACCAGUGGAACUGUCGUGCUUUGCCUAAGCUUUUGGACGCUUUGCGUGAGCGAUCCGUGGGUUUUCUCGUUGACCUGGGAAAAUGCCCUGCGAAUUGGACCGCCGUUGAUGGUCUAUGCUGCGUGGAUAGCUACGUCAACUGGGUAACCUUGCACUCGCAGUGGGAGAUCCGAAAGCUGGAGAGGAAGGUCCAAACUUUGAACGACACGUUGGUUGCGGAUUUGGCGAGGGUGAAGAACGAGCAGGGCCAGCAGAUUCGACAGCUGGAGGAGAAGAUCGACCAGCAGGAGCAACUGAUGGGCAACAUGAAGGGCCACCUGCUGUCGAUGCAGGGACUGAUCGAGGAUCUGAUCGAGGAACUGUACAUGCGGGAGCUGGAAGAGCUCGAUUCGAAGAAGGGAACGGAAGAGAAGAAACCGGGUGGGGUGAAGUUGGUUUAUUAAAUAAAAUACCUUAAUGAGAUAUAUGCCUUUAAGUGGGGCUGUUAGGAUUCUUGGAUAUUAAAGUGAAUAAAUUUUAAAAGUCGAAUCCCACACCUAACUUGAGCUUGACUUAAUCCAAAAAGGUUUAGGGACACUCAUCCAGUUCCUCCACCCACAGUGCACUGUGGUCCGAAACGGCAAUUUAGCGGGAACAAAUUACGCAGUUUUUAUUCAUUUUAGAGGGUUAGUGUCAUCGGAGAUGUUGUUUAUAUUGAAAUGGGCCUACUUUUCGUGAAAAUGAUGAUUAGGGUGGUCCUCAUUUCUUCUUAAAUAAUAUAUCUAACUUUUUUGUUUGAAGUUUCACAAUGUUGCAUUUCGCUUUUCUCCAUUCCACGAGCUAAAUGAUACUUGAACUAUUUUGAAUUUGCACGACGUGCAGAUCAGCGGGGUUCAAAUUAAAAAGCAUCCAGAUUAAAACGGUUAGAUUAUCGGGGGUACACGGUAGUUGGAUAACUCGAGGUAAAAACUGCGAGAACAACUAUUUUUAAAAAUGGAGUAAAUUAUCUUUAAAAAUACCCAAAAUAAUUCCAAAAUUAAGUGUAACACAAAAUGUGGAUUCAGAAGCGUCAAAUUUCCUAGAAAGUUUGUUAAGCAAAUAAAAUUCAUUACGACCGGUUUUCGUAUGGUGUCGCCAAACUGUGCCCCAUCUCCGGUCUGUUAAGUGUGUCUGUCUACAGCAUCAAUUGAAACGCUUCGUCCGUUUCGGAGAUGUUGGGUACAUUUAUGCAAAAUUUCCUCGCACUAUUAAACCAGAUUUCCAUCUCUCUGCUGCCGUCCCUGCCUUCGAGUGCCGACUCCAGCUGGAAAGAUAUUUAAUUGGAGUGGCAAAACUAGUCGCCUGACACGCACACGCUUGUACCUUGCUCGACAAGUCAAUUGAUACCGUUUUCGCAAGGGGUUUUCCGUCGGAGCUUCAAAACUGUAGAGAGCGGCAAAUUUCAUACAUGAAAAACAAUUUCCUCGACCUAGAGUAACCAUGCUUUAGAAACUGCUUCGUUCUCAGACUUCACCUGUUCCUCGAAUGUAGGGUUUGCGCUCAUAAACAGCUCACCUAAUUGCAUUUUCCUUGCCACAUGAUUCCUCUGAAGCAAAACAUAAAAAGUUUCUGCAGAAAUUGGGGUUCGGGUUCGUUCUCUGGAGGGAUCAAAAGUAAAGAAACAAGUAGAAGGACAAGAGGGUUACCCCGGUUGAGUCCCAUAAUGAGACACCUCGUUCGUUUGGGCCGAAGAAAGGGGAGCUGUGGGUGUGUGAAUGCUAUUUGCAUAAAAUUUCAUUUUAUAAUCUCAUCGGAUUUAACGAGGAUUACUUUUUUUUGCGUUCGUUUGCUACCAGUACUGGCGAUGACAGUAGGGACCAGUGUAGCUGUUGCUGUCAAUUCUGUUCUCGGAGGAGAUAAAUUUGCGCGCGAAAGAAAAGCUCCUUAAAUUGUACGACGGGGUAACGCGAUAAGUAUGGGUACUGGUCCGUGAAGGUACAAUGCGAUUGUGUCCAUCCAGAAA